AUGCACGCGUUCAAGAUACUCAAGGACCGACUAGUGUCGACACCACUACUCCAGCACCCUGACCCCGGGAGGCAUGCGGUUCUGGGGCAAGACCACGACGGCACCAUACUACCCGUGCGGUUCGUAGGACGGGUGCUCCAAGACGCCGAACUAUACCACCCCUCUGAGAAAGAAGUGCUAGCGCUGCUCCAAGUCCUGAACACAUGCCACACUAUGAUUACCAGCUGUUCCGAGAAGAAGAUUCGCGUGUAUACCCCGUACUCGGUGCUGGCGUGGUUGUUCAAGUCCAAGACGAACGACGAAGACGGCCUGGCAGCGAUCUUGGGAGCGGGCAUCACUCCCCGGGAAUGCCUCGACGAAGUCACCGAGACCCUAGUCCCGGACAAGGGUUCCCGGAUCAAGACACCCCCGGUCAGCCUGGAAAUGCUCUCUAGUGACCACAUCGGACACCUCCCGAGUUGGGAGCUGCCAAGAGAGAUGGGUCCGGGGGCGCCGCAUGCAUCCUCUGGAGCCUCCCGAAUCGUGGCAGCCACGGGACAUUUCCUAAAGAAGGCCACCGUGAACGAAGCCGAAUAUUCCGGACUAGGCAAAGGCAUGCAACUCGCUCUCAACGCGGGGAUUCUGGAAUUGGUUAUCGGAUAUACCCAACCCCACCUGUUGAGGCUGCUCCAGGAAGCCGAAGGACUCCAGGCUAAGUUCAAAUCCUUGCGCCUGGUACACGUAAAGAGAGACUUCAACGCCGCCGCCGACUACAUUUCCAAGCGGGUCAUCCAAGAGCAGUCAUCAUUGGAAAGUAAUGUCGCGGAAGAACCGGCCACAGAAUCCGGAGCCGACCACUUAGAAUCUGUCGACCCCGGAGCCGACGAGCUGGGAACCGAAAACGAGGAGCUGGCAGCCAGUCCUCAGAACCCCGGCUCCCAAGACUCCGAGGAAGAUCCCGAGGACGUCCGUAAGGAACGAUGGAGAAGGAUUUGCUCCCACCAGGUGCACGACCCAGGACUAGCGCCCUUGGUGAAUUUCCUCCAGGGGGAGACAGAACGGCUGUCCCUGAGGCAGACAACACACCUGGCCAAGAUAGCAGACCAGUUUGUACAAGACUCCCGGGACGCGUUGUUCUAUGUGAGUCGAAACACUCCAGAGCGCCCCCGGGACGCUGCCGACCGGCUCCGCCUGGUGGGUCCCCAAGACCUUCAAGAGGAUAUUCUGCACCAUUGUCACGCAGACUUCCAAGGCGCUCACCAGGGUAUCAUCCGGACCUAUGAGAGACUACGCAAAUAA